AGGUAGUUGCAUGCGCCAUGCUGGUGAUCACGUGACUAAACAGCGACUAUAAAGCCGGAGGUUGCCGCCGCUUUUAACUCAAAAUCGUCGCUUCGCCUGAGAGAAAGGAAGAGAUCCCGCCUGGUCAAAGUCUGAGGCUGAGGUUGAGCAAUUGAUAAAACUGCACUCCAGAUGGCUGCUCAAAGAGCCUUUGAAGAGGAGGUAGAAGUGAAGACAUUUGAUAACAGGGCAAACUGGGACCCUGAAAAACUACUGCAGUGUCCUUUUGAUAAAAGCCAUAAGAUCCGAUCAUCCCGAUUCCCAUACCAUUUAAUUAAAUGCAGGAAGAAUCAUGAGAAACUGGCUCGUCAACUUGAAACUUGUCCUUUCAAUGCUCGCCACCUGGUACUAAAGAAUGAGCUCCCACACCACAUUAAAACAUGUGAGGACAGAACCUCAACAGAUGAUGGAAGCACCCAGGAACCCCGUGCCUGGCAAGUGCCAAUCAACACAUGGGUCAACCCAAAUACGACCGAGGACUGGGACAAAGAGGUGGAGGAAUGUCAAACGCCCUUUGUGUGGGGUGUAAGCUCACAAUUGAACCAACCAUCAGCCUCCAGGCUCAGUAACAUUGGCCCAAAAUUCAGGGCACCAAGUUCUCUCCCAUGGUCCAGUUGAGGCUUUUAGCUGUUCUUGCUGUUUAGUGUGAAUUUUAUAUUUUUCAUGUUCUUAGCAUUUGGUUUUUUGGCACACUCAGUGUCUUGAGGGGAAAAACUUUUUAGUGUGUGAUGUGAGCUGUUGUAGGCUUUUGUAAUAAAGUUGAGGUUUUGUUAA